AUGGCUUCAAGGCCCCUUCAGGAGAAACUGGCUGAGGAGCGCUGCUGUAGCAGUGGUCCCUCGCUCACACGUUGUGGGCAGAAUCCCGUUCGACAAGCCAGUAUGGGUGCAGGAAUCCCUUACUCUGUUCCAGCGUGGAGCUGCCAGAUGGUCUGUGGGUCAGGCCUCAAAGCCGUAUGCCUUGCAGCCCAGUCAAUAGGGACAGGAGACUCUAAUAUUGUGGUUGCAGGAGGCAUGGAAAGCAUGAGCAAGGCUCCUCACUUGGUUCAUUUGAGGGCAGGAGUCAAGAUGGGGGAAAUGCCACUGAUGGACAGCAUACUCUGUGACGGGCUUACCGAUGCAUUUCACAACUACCAUAUGGGCAUUACGGCUGAAAAUGUAGCCAAAAAAUGGCAAGUGAGUAGAGAAGAUCAGGACAAGUUUGCAGUUUUGUCCCAGAACAGGACAGAGAGUGCACAGAAAGCUGGCUAUUUUGACAAAGAGAUUAUACCAGUUUUUGUGUCUUCUAGAAAAGGUCUUACCGAAGUGAAAACAGAUGAGUUUCCUCGCCAUGGGACCAACAUAGAAGCCAUAUCUAACUUGAAGCCUUACUUUCUCAAAGAUGGAACAGGAACAGUCACCCCAGCUAAUGCUUCAGGAAUAAAUGAUGGUGCUGCCGCUGUGGUUCUUAUGAAGAAGUCAGAGGCCGACAGUCGAGGGCUUACACCUUUAGCACAGAUAGUUUCCUGGUCACAAGUAGGUGUGGAGCCUUCCAUUAUGGGGACAGGACCAAUUCCGGCGAUAAAGCAAGCUGUUGCAAAAGCAGGUUGGUCACUGGAGGAUGUGGACAUAUUUGAAAUCAAUGAAGCCUUUGCAGCCCUGUCUGUUGCAGUAGCUAAAGAACUUGGAUUAAACACAGAGAAGGUCAACAUUCAAGGAGGGGCGAUAGCCUUGGGCCACCCUCUUGGAGCAUCUGGCUGUCGGAUUCUUGUUACCCUGUUACACACAAUGGAGCGAAAGGGUGGACAUCGUGGUGUGGCUGCCCUAUGCAUUGGGGGUGGGAUGGGAAUAGCAAUGUGUGUUCAGAGAGGAUGA